GCAUUCCUCAAAUCAAUAUCAGAAUUCAAAUAAUUCAUACCAACAACAACAACAACAACAGCAUACAUCAAUGCCUCAACAGCCUAUAAUUGGCACUAAUCGUUAUGGUCUCGAAGCUGGUUCUACAGUCAAACAAGAACCAUUAGAUACAGAAGAUUUCUCAACAAAUAUUUGUAAUAAUAGUCAACAAUCAACAACAGCCACAGCAACAACAACAACAAAUAAUAAUAAUAAUAAUAUUUUUAUUUCAAGCUCAUUUGGUCAUACAAAUAAUUAUAUAAAUGAUACUCGUUUAACAAAUACAAAUAAUAAUGGUAAUAAUACAAGAUUAUCAUCAAUUGAAUUAGGUGAUAAUUCAAAUCAAUCAAUAACACAAAGAUCACAACAUCAACAACAACAUCAUCAUAUGAUUUUUGGUAUGAAUCCAUCAACAACAACAGCAACACAUUCUGGACGUAAUAAUAAUCAUAAUCAUAAUAAUCGUAAUAAUAAUAAUAAUAAUAAAAAUCAUUCUAAAAAACAUGUUGAUAAAGGAUCGGAUGAAUAUAAAAAACGACGUGAACGUAAUAAUAUUGCUGUUAGAAAAAGUCGUGAAAAAGCUAAAGUUCGUAGCCGAGAAACGGAAAAAAAAGUAUCACAAUUAGCCGGUGAAAAUGAACAGUUAAGGAAAAAAGUUGAUUCACUUAAUAAAGAAUUGAAUGCAUUGAAAAGUUUAUUUGCAAAUGUUGGUAUACCACCGGAAAGUGUUGAUUCAGAAAUUGAAAAAGGAUUACAAAUGGAAUCACAACAACAUAUGCAUUCAACAAAUUUUCAAUCUAUGUAAAAUUUAUUUAGACAACAAAAAAAAAAUUAUUAAUUAUUAAUUU